GCCAAGGAAGCUGAGGCGAGCCCAGGCCGGGCGGGAGGGCGCGCGGGCCGCUGCCGCUGCCGCCGCCGCGGGUGUUCCCUGCGCUCCCGCUCCAGCGAGGACUGUCUCUGCUGCCUCCUCUUCCUCCUCCGACCUUAGUCCUCACCACCCUCCUCCCGCUCCUCAAAAGCACCCCUGAGUCCCCACCCCCUCACGCCCCACCCGCGGGAACGAGGCCUCGGGAAUACAGGGGAGUGGCUGUGGGGGCGCGUCGCGGCUCCCAGCUCGGCCAGCCCCUCUUUCAAGACAUGGUCUGAUCCCCAUUGUAAAAGCUGCGCCCCGAAGAGGAGGAGAGAGUGGUGCUCCCUGCCUGGGGCUGCAGGGAGCUCUCCGUGCUGAAGCUCUUGCAUUAUUUUAGGGUGGGGCGAGGAGGGCCCUGGAUUUUGGGGAGUGGGGGUGGGUGGGGAGGAGGACCCGAGGGGGGUAAGGACUCUGUGGGGGAGUCGGUGAGAGACUAUGGGGAAGGACCAGGAGCUGCUGGAAGCUGCUCGCACUGGAAAUGUGGCUCUGGUGGAGAAACUCCUGUCUGGCAGGAAAGGAGGGAUCCUGGGCGGUGGAUCCGGACCCCUGCCCCUGUCUAAUCUGCUAAGCAUCUGGCGAGGCCCCAAUGUGAACUGCACAGACAGUUCGGGUUACACUGCUUUACACCAUGCAGCCUUAAAUGGACAUAAGGACAUAGUUCUCAAACUACUUCAGUAUGAGGCAUCAACAAAUGUAGCAGACAAUAAAGGAUAUUUUCCUAUUCACCUGGCUGCCUGGAAAGGAGAUGUGGAAAUUGUGAAGAUUCUUAUUCAUCAUGGACCAUCACAUUCCAGGGUCAAUGAACAGAACAAUGAAAAUGAAACUGCCCUGCACUGUGCAGCUCAAUAUGGACACUCAGAAGUAGUUGCUGUUCUCCUAGAAGAGCUCACUGACCCGACCAUUAGGAAUAGCAAGCUGGAAACACCUUUGGACUUGGCGGCACUCUACGGACGGCUUAGAGUGGUAAAAAUGAUCAUCAGUGCACAUCCUAACUUAAUGAGCUGCAACACUCGCAAGCACACACCACUUCACCUUGCUGCGCGCAAUGGCCACAAAGCAGUCGUGCAGGUGCUGCUGGAGGCAGGAAUGGAUGUGAGCUGUCAAACAGAAAAGGGGAGUGCACUUCAUGAAGCAGCUUUGUUUGGAAAGGUGGAUGUUGUACGAGUUCUGUUAGAAACAGGAAUUGAUGCCAACAUAAAGGAUAGCUUAGGUAGAACUGUCUUGGACAUUCUGAAAGAACAUCCAUCUCAGAAAUCUCUCCAGAUUGCAACACUCUUACAAGAGUAUUUAGAAGGUGUGGGAAGAUCUACAGUCCUUGAAGAGCCUGUGCAGGAAGAUGCAACACAAGAAACACACAUUUCAUCUCCUGUUGAGUCUCCCACCCAAAAGACCAAAAGUGAAACCGUCACUGGAGAAUUAUCAAAACUCUUGGAUGAAAUAAAACUCUGUCAAGAAAAGGAUUAUUCGUUUGAAGACUUGUGCCACACAAUAUCAGACCACUACUUAGAUAAUUUGAGCAAGAUUUCAGAGGAAGAACUUGGGAAAAAUGGAAGCCAGAGUGUAAGAACCUCAUCUACAAUCAAUUUGUCACCAGGAGAAGUGGAAGAAGAGGAUGAUGAUGAAAAUACGUGUGGGCCAUCAGGACUUUGGGAAGCAUUAACUCCAUGUAAUGGAUGUAGGAACCUUGGCUUCCCCAUGCUUGCACAGGAGUCCUAUCCAAAAAAGAGAAAUUACACUAUGGAAAUUGUACCAUCUGCUUCUCUGGAUACAUUUCCUUCAGAAAAUGAGAACUUUCUGUGUGAUCUCAUGGACACAGCUGUUACAAAGAAACCUUGCUCCUUAGAAAUUGCAAGGGCACCUUCCCCAAGAACUGAUAAUGCCUCUGAGGUAGCAAUUACUACUCCAGGAACUAGUAACCAUAGAAACAGCUCAACAGGCCCAACACCUGAUUGUUCACCUCCAUCCCCUGAUACUGCCCUCAAAAAUAUUGUAAAAGUCAUUCGACCCCAGCCUAAACAGCGAACAUCCAUUGUGUCUUCUCUGGAUUUUCACCGAAUGAAUCACAACCAAGAAUAUUUUGAAAUCAACACAUCUACAGGGUGCACAAGCUUUACUGCCAGCCCUCCUGCUAGUCCACCCACCUCUUCUGUGGGAACCACAGAAGUCAAGAAUGAGGGAACUAAACAUACAGAUGACCUCUCCCAACAGGAUGACAAUGAUCCCCCAAAAGAAUAUGAUCCGGAGCAAUUUGCAGGCCUGCUCCAUGGAUCCUCUCCAGCCUGUGAGUCCCCUGAAAAUCCAUUUCACCUCUAUGGGAAAAGAGAACAAUGUGAAAAAGGACAAGAUGAAGUCAGUUUGGCAAACAGUCCUUUGCCUUUCAAGCAGUCUCCAAUAGAAAAUAACUCAGAACCUUUGGUAAAGAAAAUUAAACCCAAAGUGGUCAGUAGAACAAUUUUUCACAAAAAAAGCAACCAACUUGAAAACCAUACCAUUGUUGGCACAAGAUCAACCAGGAGUGGAUCUCGGAAUGGGGACCAGUGGGUUAUGAAUACAGGGGGAUUUGUGGAGAGAGCCUGUACUCUGGGGAGAAUAAGGUCAUUGCCUAAAGCCUUGAUCGACAUGCAUUUGUCAAAAAAUGUCUCUAAAUCUGAUUCUGAUCUCAUUGCCUAUCCUUCCAAUGAGAAAACAUCAAGAGUUAACUGGAGUGAAUCUUCCACUGCUGAACACAGUUCUAAAGGGAAUUCUGAAAGAACACCAUCCUUCACAUCGGAAUGGGAAGAAAUUGACAAAAUAAUGAGUUCCAUAGAUGUUGGAAUCAACAAUGAACUUAAAGAAAUAAAUGGUGAGACCACAAGACCCAGAUGCCCUGUCCAAACAGUGGGACAAUGGUUGGAAAGCAUUGGGCUACCUCAGUACGAGAACCACCUGAUGGCUAAUGGAUUUGACAAUGUGCAGUUUAUGGGAAGCAAUGUUAUGGAAGAUCAGGAUUUGUUGGAAAUUGGAAUCCUUAAUUCUGGGCACCGACAAAGAAUUCUACAGGCAAUCCAGCUCCUUCCAAAGAUGAGACCCAUUGGGCAUGAUGGCUACCAUCCCACCUCUGUAGCUGAGUGGCUGGAUUCCAUUGAACUGGGCGACUACACCAAAGCCUUUCUAAUUAAUGGCUACACAUCGAUGGACCUGUUGAAAAAAAUCUGGGAGGUUGAACUUAUUAAUGUUUUAAAAAUCAAUUUGAUUGGCCACAGGAAACGUAUUUUGGCAUCUCUGGGAGACAGGCUGCACGACGAUCCCCCACAGAAGCCCCCUCGGUCCAUCACCCUCAGGGAACCCAGUGGUAAUCACACUCCUCCUCAGUUGUCUCCAUCACUUAGCCAAAGCACUUACACCACUGGUGGCUCCCUAGACGUUCCUCACAUUAUCAUGCAGGGCGAUGCAAGGAGGAGAAGAAAUGAAAACUACUUUGAUGAUAUUCCCCGAUCAAAACUGGAGAGGCAGAUGGCUCAGACAGGAGACUGGGGAGAACCUUCCAUUACCUUGCGACCUCCGAAUGAAGCCACAGCCUCCACUCCGGUACAGUACUGGCAGCAUCACCCAGAGAAGCUUAUCUUCCAGUCAUGUGAUUACAAAGCUUUUUAUUUAGGUUCUAUGCUGAUAAAAGAGCUUAGGGGGACAGAGUCAACCCAAGAUGCUUGUGCAAAAAUGCGGGCUAACUGUCAGAAGUCUACAGAGCAAAUGAAGAAGGUCCCUACUAUUAUUCUUUCUGUUUCAUAUAAAGGAGUCAAAUUUAUUGAUGCAACAAAUAAGAACAUAAUUGCUGAGCAUGAAAUUCGUAAUAUCUCCUGUGCUGCCCAGGACCCAGAAGACCUCUCAACAUUUGCCUAUAUCACAAAAGAUUUGAAGUCCAAUCACCACUACUGUCACGUGUUUACUGCCUUCGAUGUGAAUUUAGCCUACGAAAUCAUCCUAACCCUGGGACAGGCAUUCGAAGUCGCUUACCAGCUAGCACUACAAGCAAGAAAAGGGGGACACUCCUCCACACUUCCGGAAAGCUUUGAAAACAAACCCUCCAAACCCAUCCCCAAGCCCCGCGUUAGCAUUCGCAAGUCCGUGGAUCUUCUUCAUGCCAGCCACACCGGGCAGGAACCAUCAGAGAGACACAAUGAGGAGGCACUCAGAAAAUUUUGAUAGAAUUGAAUUUACAUAUAGCUGAUAAAGCCUAGAUAGAAAGGUUGAUGGAUUCAGCUUGAAUCUUUGACUUUAGUGGUCUAAUCAACAGAUAAAUGACAAGCAAAGAAUGAAACAGUCCAAAAAUGUUUUCAAAACAAUUUUGUGAAUUUUAUUUUUACAAAAAUUUUUUUAAAUUCAUAUUUUAAAAUGUAUACCAAGGCAAAAAAAAAUCAUAUAAGCUAUAUCAUAAAUACAAGAGAGUUUCAAAACAUACAAGAGACAUAUAAUGUAAAAAAAAUUUUAUAUAUACAAAGUCCAAUGUAAUUUCUAAUACAAAACAAAUACAGCAAGGGAAAAUGCUUUAAAAAUGCUCAUCUGCAAACUACAAAACAAAAUCCUCCUCUUGACUAACUGCAUGAACUGCCAUGAAAUUUGCAGCUCCAUCAUAUUAGGUGUCUCUUCUUUCUUCAUGUUACCUUGUCUUUCUUCCCAUUUUUCUUUUAAGACAGGGUCUUGCUAUGUCACCCAGGCUGGACUCCAACUCCAGGGCUCAAGGAAUCCUCCUGUCUUAGCCUCCCAAGGAGCUGGGAUUACAGGCACGUGCUACCGCACCCGGCUCUUCAUUUCUUUUUAAGACAAAGGCCAUUCAAGGCUUUUUAAAAAAUUGAUGUAUGUUGUUACACUUUAACAGUCAGUGGCUUUUAAUUCCAAAAGGUAAUACUUUAUGCUCUGAGCUAUAUGUGAGAUGAGCCCCUAAACAGUGUGUACAAAUAAAAUUAUGAUUUGGGUAUUCUAAGGAGACAUACCAUUUACAGAAACUCUUUUUGAUAAAAUUAAGGUUUCACUUUUCACAUUUGCUUAAAUCACAGUAAGCCUGUAAACUAGCUCCUAGAUCCACCACUUAAAAACAAAAGCCUCCUUAACAAUGCAAAAGGUUGCAUUCACUGUAUUUAUGGUUCCAUCAAAGGCUAAAUAGCUUAUCUAAAAUAAAUCUGAGUGAUCUAUUCCCUUACCCUCUCCCCGACCUACCCCACAGUUAUACUAAUAUGCACCAAAAAUAAAAACAAGUUAUCUGCUAUUGACACUAGUAAUCAUUUGAUUUAGUUCCAGUUACAGAAACAAAAAAAAAAUCUUUGAAUUUUGAUUAUUUUUUCUGGGAACCACGUCGACUAUUAAUUUAUCUCCAUUGCCCUUAAUAAUAUAUUUCAGAGAAAAUGUUUCUUUAGAUUUAAGCUUCAGCUAAAGUUUCUGAUCAGGAGGUCAAAAAUAGCAAGUUACUGAGUUUUUUCCCCUGUCAAAGCGAUUUUUCCUGAUUAACCCUGGAAAUAAAAGAAGAGAAAGGAAAGAAGGAAGGAAAGGAAGAAGAGAGAAAAGGGAAAGGAAAAUAGGUUGUUUGGAAGGUUAAUCUUCUAGAGUUACAGUGACUCUUCUGGAACUACGCAGAAAACCAGAGAACUCUCCUGAAAUUCACUAAAAGAAUGGCAUUCACAAUGCCAUUCAUUUAAAAGUAAAUGGAAUUAGAUGAAAAUUGUUUUACUAUUUCACAUAUCUUAGAAAAAUCUUAUUAAGACUUAUGAUUAAAAUUGGCCCCAACUCAAUGACUAACAUUUAGCAGUGGAGAAACUGCUUUUUAAAAAAGAAAAAAGUGAGGAUUAGGAAAGAUCAGGUUCAUUCAAGUAAGAAGUUUGAUAUGUAAGAAACCAGAGGGAGCAGGAAUAGUGUCCAACUCAAAUACUGACAGCUAGAGUCCAGAUAUGGCACAGGGCUGCCAGCAGCUACAGUGAGAAAAGGGUAGACCAAUAAAAUCUACUCUUUCCAACAUACAAGUUUUACUUCACAAAAAGAACUGCUGAAGGCCAGGCCAGUGGCUCACAUCUAUAAUCCCAACAAUUUGGGAGGCUGAGGCAGGAGGAUUACUUGAGGCCAAGAGUUCAAGACCAGCCUAGGCAAAAUAGGGAGACACUGUCUCUACAA